CGCUAGUUGAUGCUUCCUAGUGGAGUUGUGUAAUGGGACCAUGCUGACGGUUAAGACGUGUUUGUCUAUGAAUGUGUGCAUUUGCUCGAACCCUGAACAUGUGCUCACAUCUCUCUCUACAUAAUCCAGUUAGACUCUCAGCCAUGUGUAAAGAGCCGAAGACUUCAGUGCUGAGGUUAUUACCGCCGUCUCAGAGCAGACAAACACCGGAUGGAGCACAAAUCCUCCACUCUGCACUUCAGGCUCUAAAAGGAGGCCAGGUCAUUGCUGUUCCCACUGACACAAUCUAUGGCUUGGCUUGUCUGGCUCAGAAUUCAGACGCUAUCAAGAGAGUGUAUGAUAUCAAGGGCCGAAAUGGCAAUAAGCCAUUAUCCAUUUGUGUUGGAGAAGUGCAAGACAUAUACAAGUAUUGUAAAGUGACUGUAAAAGAAGAGCUGCUGAAUGAUCUCCUUCCUGGACCAGUUACUCUGGUUUUUGAAAGGUCUGAAAAGCUGAAUGCAAACCUUAAUCCAUUCACUCGGCUUGUCGGCGUCCGCAUCAUAGACCACUCCUUUAUGAGACACUUGUGUCAAAUGUGUGAUGAGCCACUUGCUCUAACAAGUGCAAAUCUCAGUACACAGCCCAGCACUCUUGAAGUUCAUGAGUUCGAGGAGCUGUGGCCAAGACUAGCCAUUGUAGUUGACGGUGGCCCAAUAGCAGAUCAAAGUCGCCUGGGCUCAACAGUUGUGGACCUCUCUGUACCUGACAGAUAUUGCAUUAUAAGACCUGGCUGUGCCUGUUCAGCCACAGUUGCUAUACUUGAGAAGAAAUAUGGGUUGGUGGAGGAUUCUUCCAGUUAAUAAACAUGAUUCUCUGUACUGUUAUUCCAUUUUAAGCUGAUCAUAAAAGCCUCUUUUAUCAUG